UCAAUCGUCUGCGCCGCGGAGCAGGGUCGUGGUCGCGAUGGCGGUGGCUCAACAGACGCAAGAGAAGGAGAGCGAGGAUUGCUCUUUACUGCCUCUGGUUCAUGAUAUUAUCAAAUGCAUGGACAAGGACAGCCCAGACGUCCACCAGGAGCUGGCUAAGCUCAAGGCGAAGAUCCAGGAGGCUCGGGAGCAGAUCUCCAACAUGCCCGGGGUCGACUGCAGCCCGGUGGAGCAGCAGCAGCAGCUGGCCACGCUGCGGGAGCAGGUCCGCACCAAGAACCAGCUGCUGCAGAAAUACAAAAGUCUGUGCAUGUUUGACGUCCCCAAAGCGUCAUGACACUCAGGACCUUAUCACUGCAGUGCAGGGGGGGGGUUGCUACAUCCUCACCCAGGGAGCAGAUGAACAUGGGAGUCAAGAAGACUGGGUGGACGUUUAAAUGAAGGACUUAUUUUGCCUCCCAGUUGCAGAGAACAUUUUCUGACCUUUUUUCCUCAUGGAGAAAUUGCAAAUUUCAUCAUGUUGCAUUUGUAUUACAUGUAGUGUUUCAGGGUGCAAGUUCAAUAUAUUUUAAUAUCCCUAUUUUGUAAUAAAAUGAGUUCGACUGAGAA